GAAAGAUGGACGCGGCCUGAUCCCGGCGGAGCCAAGGGGUGUGUGGGGUGUCCGGGGAGCGAGCCGGCCCGUCCGACCGCCAGCCGCGCGGGGAGGGGAGCGACAGCCGCUGCCCCUCACCCCCUCCCACGGGAGCAGGAGCCAGUGCUCUAAUCUACCUUGUUUAAAGGAAAAGAGCAUCGGUUUGGCUCAUUCUGGCAACCUUCAAGUUCCAAAGGCUUCUGUUGAAGGAAUGAAGCUUUAAAAAGGAAUUUACAAAAUAAGAAAAUGGGUGCAAACAGUAGCAGCAUUUGUGAGCUCCCAGAAAAUGAGUACUUAAAAAGAUUAUCGGGAGCCGAGGCUGUCUCUGAGAAUGACCCAUUCUGGAAUCAGCUGCUUUCUUUUAGCUUUACUGCCCCAACAAGCAGUGCUGAGUUAAAGCUGUUGGAAGAAGCCACCAUCUCAAUCUGCAAGUCUUUAGUUGAGAACAAUCCUCGAACAGGAAAUCUUGGGGCAUUGAUUAAAGUCUUCCUUUCCAGAACCAAAGAGUUAAAAAUUUCAGCGGAAUGUCAAAACCAUCUUUUUAUUUGGCAGGCCCACAAUGCAUUGUUCAUUAUUUGCUGUUUGUUAAAAGUGUUCAUAUGUCAGAUGUCAGAAGAGGAACUGCAACUUCAUUUUACUUACGAGGAGAGAAUGCCAGGCUCAUAUGGAGUGGAAUGUGAAGACCUUAUAGAAGAGUUGCUGUGUUGCCUCAUUCAGCUCAUUGUUGAAAUUCCCCUUCUAGACAUAACAUACAGCAUUUCCCUGGAAGCUGUGACGACACUUGUUGUCUUCCUUUCCUGCCAACUAUUUCACAAGGAAAUUCUGCGAGAGAGCGUCAUUCAUAAAUACCUGAUGCGUGGCCGAUGUCUCCCAUACACCAGCAGACUUGUGAAAACAUUAUUAUAUAACUUCAUUAGACAAGAGAGAAGCCCUCCCCCAGGUUCCCAUGUCUUCCAGCAGCAGACAGAUGGAGGAGGAUUGCUUUAUGGUUUUGCAUCUGGGGUGGCAACUGGCCUGUGGACAGUAUUCACGUUGGGUGGAGUAGGAAGUAAACCAGCACCACAGCAGGAACAGUCAUCACCUUUAGCUAAUCAGAGCCUUCUGCUUCUGCUUGUGCUAGCUAAUUUGACUGAUGCUCCAGAUACACCAAAUCCGUACAGACAAGCUAUUAUGUCCUUCAAGAACACACAAGAUAACACUGCUUUUCCUUCACCAAGUCCACAUGCUUUCCAGAUUAAUUUUAACAGUUUGUACACAGCUUUGUGUGAACAGCAGAAAUCUGAUCAAGCAACUCUCCUUUUAUACAUAUUACUGCAUCAGAACAGCAAUGUUCGGACAUAUAUGUUGGCCCGCACUGAUAUGGAAAAUCUUGUUUUGCCAAUUCUUGAGAUUCUCUAUCAUGUUGAAGAAAGGAAUUCACACCAUGUUUACAUGGCUCUUAUAAUUUUGUUGAUCCUUACAGAGGAUGAUGGCUUCAAUCGAUCCAUUCAUGAAGUGAUAUUGAAAAAUAUCACUUGGUACUCAGAGCGUGUUCUAACCGAGAUUUCACUGGGGAGUCUCCUGAUACUGGUGGUGAUAAGAACCAUUCAGUACAACAUGACAAGGACAAGGGACAAAUACCUUCAUACAAAUUGUCUGGCAGCCUUAGCAAAUAUGUCAGCACAGUUCCGCUCACUUCAUCAGUAUGCUGCUCAGAGAAUCAUCAGUUAUGCCUGCCGCCACUUGCGGAGAUAUGUAUAUGUCUUGGACAAACUGUAUUUCCCUCACUCUCACUGCUCUACGCUGCAGCAUUGCUUCUCGACCCUCAGUGACAAUGGAGAGGAACUUUUGUCUUUAACUUGUUCUCACAUUCUCAGAUCCUAUGCUUCCAGUUUGUUUUCUUUGUUGUCUAAAAAACACAACAAAGUUUUGGAGCAAGCCACGCAAACCUUGAGAGGUUCCCUCAGUUCAGAUGACUCUCCACUUCCUGAUUACGCACAAGACCUGAAUGUGAUUGAAGAAGUGAUCAGAAUGAUGUUAGAGAUUAUCAAUUCCUGCUUGACAAAUUCUCUCCAUCACAACCCCAAUUUGGUGUAUGCACUGCUUUACAAGCGGGAUCUGUUUGAGCAGUUUCGAACUCACCCUUCCUUCCAGGACAUAAUGCAAAAUAUAGACCUGGUGAUCGGCUUUUUCAGCUCACGGUUAGAGCAAGCCGGAGCCCAGCUGUCAGUGGAGAGAGUUCUGGAAAUUAUCAAACAAGGAGCUGUUGCAUUGCCCAAAGACAGACUAAGAAAAUUCCCAGAACUGAAGUUUAAGUAUGUGGAGGAGGAGCAGCCUGAGGAGUUCUUCAUCCCCUAUGUCUGGUCCCUGGUGUACAAUUCUGCUGUGGCCCUGUACUGGAACCCACAGGACAUCCAGCUUUUUACGAUGGACUCUGGCUGAGGGAGAGGCAGCUAAACAGCAGAGCCAGCUCUGCUCUGUCUUAUCACAGGCGAAGAAACUCGAAACUGCGUGUGAAUAUGUGACCCCUCCCAGCGUGCGUCCUCUAAACCUGAAGCUUAGUGAGAAUGACGCUUGCUACUAUUGUACAGAGCGACUUUGACAUUUUGGUCCCAGACUGCAGCAGACACACUGGAAGCAGAUUGUGGUGUGGGAGAGAAACUGACACGCUUGGUUGCAAUUUAUUUCUAUUUCGUAAAACCUAGAGCUUAUCCAAUGAAAAUGAGGCCUUAGACGUGCAGUGUGAUGUUACCACCACCAAGAAAACUGAUAGCUUUUAAAACUAAAACGGGGAAAAGAGAAAAUAGAGGGUGUAAGUUGAUUUGGAAGUGGCAUUUAUAUUUUUAUUACCUUUGACUUCUUUGAGUCCAAGUCUUUGAACACUAUCAUUUUCUACAAUGGACUGUUCAUCUCACCAGUACCAUAUCUCCUCUCAUGGCCAUUUAUUUUGGUGACGUUGUAAUGUCUACAAUCUCUAAAAUAUCCAUAUUAAUGCCAUCUGAGUGAGCUAGGCUGCAUUUUAAUCAAAUGAUGUUUCCAGACAGAGAAGAUACUGUGGAG